UAUUGCUACUUCUCCUCUUCACAAGUAUAAGUGAAAUGAAUGGCUCUCAAUUUUGAUAUGAUUUACAUUGUCAAAAAUAGAGGUAAACUCCAUGAAAUAAUGAGUGGCAUGUGAACUUAACCUAUGUAACUCCAAAAUAAACACUAAAAAUCGCGAUCGUCGUGUUUGCUACAACAUAUCAUGCUCCAACUGUACAAACUUCUUUCUGUAAGAGAAAGAGUGAAAAUUAGAGUAGCAUAGUCCUUCACAUGCUUCAUCAAACACUGUUUCUUGAUAAGUCCUGACUGGAGUAAUGGCUGGUUUGCAUUGCAACCAUUCCAUUGUUGUUGAAAGGUCAGAAAAAGAAUCGUAUUGGAGAUGUAAAGGUGUAAAGGACUAUUAUGUUAAUUCUACUUCCACCAGUUGGAAAAUCCCAUGUUGUAAUGUGAGUUUCUUCAGUCAAACAACAAGGUUGAAGAGGGGUAGAAGGCUUGUCCACUGCUGCAGUUCUUCUUCGACAUCAACAUCUGCUGAUGAGCAUGUUGCCAUGAAGAUCGAGCAGAGUGGAACAUACGAAGAUAAGAAACUGCAGUUGGGUUAUCUUGUUAGAGAUAUGAACUGGCAAGUAAGGAGGAUGGUUGAGAUGGAGGAUGAGAUGAGGAAAGUAGCCGAUGUUCAAGCUGAGGCAUUCCAUGAGCCUGUGUUUCUGUUCAAUGAUUUAUUCUUCGAGUUCUUUAAGGCUGAAGUGCUUUCAGGACUUCUUUACAGACUAAGGAACUCACCUCCAGACAGGUAUGCCUGUUUGGUAGCAGAGCCCGGAACUGAUCCUCAGGAAUCACAGAAAGAGGUUGUAGGAGUAGUUGAUGUUACAAUUCUGAGGGAAGAUUCUGUUCUUCAGCAUCUCCCAGGGGCAGAAGAGUAUCUCUACGUGUCCGGAAUAGCCGUUUUGAACAAAUUCAGGAGGCAGAAGGUGGCCACCACACUGCUAAAGGCCUGUGAUAUACUCUCAGCCAUAUGGGGUUUUGAAUAUCUUGUUCUUAGAGCUUAUGAAGAUGAUUAUGGUGCUCGAAAACUGUAUUCAAGCGCUGGAUACAGAGUCGUUUCAGGCGAUCAUCCGUGGACAACUACCUGGAUUGGACGAAGGAGACGGGUUCUUAUGGUCAAACGAUCAAACAUACAAUGAUACAUCGAUGGCAUUUGUGAAGCAUCAUGUUCUGAUUGAUCUGAAUCAUCCCUAUCUUAGCUCUUCGUCCAGUUUGCUAUUUCUUUUGUUUUUUUUUCAUCCGCA